AUGCACUUAGUUUGCUUGGGAGUUGUGCGAAAAUUAAUUAUUCUUUGGCAAAAUAAGGGACCAAAGACUGUUCGGUUGCCUAGUUGGAAAAUUAGAAAAAUUACAAAUUCUCUUUUGACACUAAAAACUUUUGUAACUAAUGAUUUUCCACGAAAACCAAGGGCUAUAGAAGAUGUAGCUCGUUGGAAGGCAACUGAAUUCCGUCAGUUUUUGUUGUACACAGGACCAGUAGUUUUAAAAAACAUCUUAUCUAGUGACUGUUAUGAAAAUUUUAUGGCCUUAAGUAUUUCAAUGAGAAUACUUUUAAGCCCCAACUAUAAGCAAUAUGUUGAGUAUGCUCGCAAACUUCUUGUUUAUUUUGUUAAAUCUUUUGAACAGAUCUAUGGAAGUCAGUUUAUGUCAUACAAUUUUCAUAGUCUAAUUCAUUUACCUGAUGAUUAUAUUAGAUUUGGGCCACUCGAUUGUUGUAGUGCGAUCCCUUUUGAAAAUUAUAUGAAGGAUUUAAAAAAUAUGCUCCGUAAAAAUGAAAAACCUUUACAACAAGUUGUUCGACGUUAUGAAGAAAAAUGUAAAAGUGGAAACAUAGAGCAUAAUAGUGAUAUCAAAAAAGUUAAAUUUACUACCAAAGAGCCAAAUUGUUAUUUUUCAACUCAAAGUGGUGAAAUAGUAAAAAUAACUGAAAUUGUAUCACCAAUGACUUCCAAUAAUAAAAUCUUUAUUGGAAAAAUAUUUUUAAAUCAGGAAGAAAUGUUUGUUAGCCCUGUAAAAUCAUCAAAGCUAAACAUUUAUAACGUAAAUAAUCUUUCUCAAAAUGUAUAUAAAUGGGAUUUUUCUGAUAUUAAAAUGAAAAUGAUGAUUUUUCAUUUUGAGGGUUUAGUUACGGCUAUACCAAUUAUUCAUUCUUAA